AUGGCCUCCAACUUCUACCUCGACGGCACGCCGGACGAUGUCAAGAACGCAAAAGGGCUGCAUCUCUUGACCCAGAACACGCCCAAUGGCCAAGCCGUCCAAAUCAUGCUGGAAGAGCUGAAAGAUGUCUACGGCACCGAAUGGAGCACCACCCUGAUCGAUAUCUCAACCAAUGACCAGAAGAAGGAUUGGUUCCUCAAGCUCGACCCCAAUGGUGGAGUUCUCCGUCCACCAUAA